AUGCUUCCUCAUCUGACCCGCCAAGCUGUCGAUUUUCCCGCCGUCACGCCGUCAACCAGCUACAAGGCAACCGUAUUCGCCGGCUCCGAAGGCGCCUGGAGUCCGCCGAGUGACUCCAUCGCCUCAGCUCUGGCGUCCGCAUUCAAGCCAGGCCAAAGUAAGUCCCCACUGACCCUGCCCUACCUCAAAUUGAGUAUUGCAGACAUGUCUCAGAAACACACGGUCAGCUGA